AUGGCAUCUCGUGAGGGUUCCAUAGCAGCAUCGAGCGAAAUAGACCCGGUCGAUGAUUCUCGCUUUGCAUUAGGAGAGGCCGACGACAAUGCAAGCGCAUCCGAUCUUCCUCCUCGAACAGCGACACCAAGCUCUACUAAGGGUACGAAACGACCUCGUCCUGUAGCAAAGAGAGCACGACCAAAGAAGGGAGCAUCAGCUCUACUCGUAACUGAAGGGGCUGAUGGUACAGAAGAUGAGACACCCGCCAAAAAGAUUAAGCGAUCCGGUAGUGAAGAGCCAGAUGUCGAAGGUACAGCUGUAGGCACUAGGAGAAAAGCAAAUGGGACAGUCGGCUCCGUAUAUUCUGGAAGCAAGAUCAGACACAUCAAGAAGGCUGAUGGAAUACCCCUUUGGCGCAAAGACAUACAAUAUGCCUUCCUACACGAAGUCGUCCAUGACGAGACCAAGUGCUUCACGAGGAUUAGCGAUGGCAAGAAAGAUUGUACCUUUGCCGAGAUUUAUAUCGACUCUAUGGCCCGAAGUUCCAAGACAUCUAGAAUUCUUAAAGAUAGGCUGCAGGUCGACAAGCCUGCUGCUCAGAACAUGGCCAUGAUCUGCCUACUGGUCAAUGUGGGUAGGAUGAACACCACGCUCAACUUCUUCCCAGAAAUGCGAGCGCAACUUCGAACCUACCAUCCUAUCCCAGCAUUACAAGCAUAUCCGACACAGAAAGACUACAAGUCCCUCCAAGAUGCCCCAAGGUUGAAGUCCAUACUCAAAGGUGCCAGUGAGGACGAAGAGCAGCCAAGGACAUUGCCACAACUACGAGAGAAGCCUGUCCCGAGAACAAACCCUGUCAACCUAAUCUUCGUCCUCUCCCAAGCUGCGAAUGAGGUGUCUCAGAUGCACUUCCUCGACAAGAUCGACUUCUUUGACUUGGCGAUCCGGCCAAGUAUAUCGAGUCAUUCAAGAGCUGUGGCCUUUCUGUGGUUGAUGUGGUGGUAUCUGGAGUCUGACUUUACAAAAGAGGCUGCUCUGAACAAUCCAUUCGGUCCAGGCGAGUGCCGGGAAGGCCAAGAUCCCGAGAAUCCAGAUGAUAUACCUCUUCUCGUACCUAAACUCGAACCUAUCACUGAGCAACAGGGCGACGACGAAAACGUUGAUCCACAAGAAGAGAUUGAUUUCGGCGCCAAGAUGACUCAAGAGCGCGAACGCUUUAAUGCUAAGGCUGAGGAGGACGCCGCCCUUGAAGGCAAUGGUCGAGAAUUUGAACACAAGGGUAUCAAGAAGCUCAAACGCACUGCUCGCGAUAUGGGCGAUGACAUUGAUAGUAGUGACAUUGAUUCAGUCAGAGCAAGUCCUGGCGUGUCUGCUAGAAGUCCUGCUCCGCUCGACCUUCCAGGUCAGCCUUCCUCAAUAUUACAAGCAGACAGUAUUGAAGAUGACUGGGAAGCUAUGGAAUCACACCCAGGACGAGGUCGUUACAAGCGCGUUAAGGGCAAGAAUACACCUUCAAGAAGCAGGCAGCGUCAAAGUGAGCCUGGCUUUGGUUCUAUGCGGGUGGCUGCUGGUCGCUCUCGGUUGGGUCUCAACAGUGACCGUGACACUCCAGAUACCGGAAGAGGCACUCCACAGCCGCCUGGUAUCAACCAUCCUGUGUUGACACAGUACCCCGACCCUCGCCAGCCAAUAUUCGACGCCAGCCAUAUGAGCACUGCUGGGAUGCCAUCGUCCAUGAAAUCUCGUGCUCGCACUGGUUAUCAGAAAGAGCUCGAAGAACACAAGCAGAAGCGCAUAGGUUGGCUUGUAAGCAAGAAAAGACGACAAGCUCUGAAGGAGCAGAAGCGCAAGCGAGAGCAGGCAGAGCCGACCUGGUUGCUUAGGGACAUAUACAGGAUUUCGCAACUGCCUGACCUUUAUGAUAGUGAGGAGGAUGAUUCGGCCGCCGCUGGCCUGACUAUGCUCCCUUACCCUGUACCGUACCAUCGCGGCACAGGCAUCGGAGGUAUCAUUCCCUUGAAGCGAAACAACAAUACACCACAACUAAGUAAACAGAGAUCAAAUGACAAUCAGUCUCCAGUCAAGGAUGAAAGAGGCGAAGACACUCUCGACUCAAACUUUACUGCAGACAAUGACCUCGAGGACUACCUAGGCGAAGAAGUAGAAGACUGGAACAAAGUCUUCCUGCGUACCCAUAGAAGACUCGACGCAUGGAGCGGUGACAAGGACUAUCAGAGGUUUCUUCGAAAUAGGCAGCAAGAAGAGCAUAGACUCGUCCUGCCUCCCGUCACCACAUUACCAGGACUCGUUCCGAGCCUACCACCUUCUAGUGUUAAUAAUGAAACCCCGCGGAAACCCAGACAUGAAUCGAAGAAAAGCCUUGAGGAAGAGAUUAACGAAGAUCUACUCGCCGAACGUAGUGCCGACGAAGGUGAGGAUGAUGAAAAGAUCGAUGCAAUGGUAAUGGUUUAG